AUGGGACACUCCAACUUGACGCCAGAGAUAUGGUCAAUGAUCUUCAGCUUUUGUAUGGAACCCUCACACCAAGAUAAACAGAUAUCCCAACCCACUUUGGUAAAGCUAUUACGAGUCAGCUCGACCUUCUUUCUAAUCGCUGGACGAUUGUUAUAUCGGGAUGUUGUGAUUGGAAAUCUCGGUGGAUUGCUCCUUGGAAUAAACAAGACGGAGUUACCUGAUGAAAGGAAGAAUACAGAGCACUUGUCAGAUCUGAAGUUGAUUAGAGUAGGAAACACCAAGCUACCACUAAUUCGAUGUAUCAGGAAUAUCACAGUUACACCUUAUUCCUCUGAAGACGAAGUCAACAAUAUAUCCGAAAUCAUUCUUGACCAGCAGAUAUGCUACAUCCAAGUCAAGUCCAUCCUUAAAGUGCUCUCCAACGGAUCUUUCAAUGUAGAUGUCCAAUCAUUGACGAUUGGGUCAGGCUCAGCUCCAAAAUCAAAGGAGAUUGAAAGAAUUCAGUCCCGAUUCUUCUGUGAGAUCCACUCAAUUCGUCGAAAACUACUAGAACUGUUCAAACCGGAAGUAUGGACAGAGUACAGCCCAUUACAUGGAUACUGUUUCGAACCCCUUCAGUCUGAUUUUACCAAUGUCAAAAGGAUAUUACCUGAGGUGGUUAAUAUAUAUACGACGCUGGAAGGUACUUUCCCACUGGUAUGGGGUACACUCAAUCGAACCAUCGUUAGAAGAAAGGAAAACAGACCAGUUCAAGGGAUGCCAGACAUGUCUGUACUAAUGGUGAAUCCGGAGACUAUCCCCGAAGAGUUGGAUAUGAUCUCGUACCCGAGGUUCAAUGAGAAGACCAAGAUUGAGAUAUAUGGGUUGGAGAAAUUAAUAGCUGUUUCAAAUCCAAUCGAUGGUGAGCAUGACCCGGAUGAUCGUAAAGAGGAAUCGGAGAUGAGAACUCUUGCAAGGGUGGAAAACAGGAUCAGGGAAGGAUCGAAUGUAACGUCAGAAGGGAGAUGGAUCAGAUCGGGUAAGAAGGCAUUCUCCAUCGGGUUAUCAUUAGAUGUAGAUGAUCAGGAUCAAUCGGGCAAUGAUGAAUCAUCAGGAUAA